AAAUUAUUUAAUUAUUUUAUUGGCUAAAAUUAUACAUUGAUAUGAAUAUCUGCAAAAUUCUCCAUUUAAUCACUCAAUUUUUCAUAAUGCAGAUACAAUAUAUUAUAUUAUAACAAUAGUAAAAAAUGAUAAGAAAAACUUAGAAUUUGCGAGACAAGAUGCGCAGUAUAAUAAUACAUUUUCACAUCAUUAAGAAGUAAAUAUAUUAAUUUCUUAUAAAUUGUGUUUUUCUCCAAUCUUCUUUUGUUAACUUUUUAAUAAACUAUGAGCGCUAACUAAAAUCUUUUAAAAUUUAUUCAGAGUCAUGAUCUUUACAACAUAAUAUGCUAAGCGCAAGAUCAUCCACGAAGUCUAACUUUUUAUCAAUAUCUACCCAAUAUUGUUUUGUUAAAUUAAUUUGUAUAUUAGAUAUUCAAUAAAAAUAUGAGAUGAUCUAUUCAACAAAUUCUCUUAUGGCGAAGAAUAAUUACUGUAUAUAGAUAUACAAGCGCAAAUGGGAUUUAUGUGUCAGAAAACAAGGUUUUAGUUCUUAUCUUAUCGUAGUGAUAUAGUGAAUUUACUAGUAAGCUGAAAUGAAAUUCAAGCUUCAGCGCCUCAUAAUACUAUGAUGCUCUUGAUAUAUUAAUAUGUACUGAUAGUAUAUACGUAUCGCUUUCAAAUAGAAGUGACAUUUCAUUUCUUUAAUUUCAAAAUUCACAUUAUUUUUGUGAAAUAAUGAGUAAUUCAAAUAAAAUUUACGGGUGAUUAUGUCUUUUUACAUAUCUAAUUUUGAAAUAUGAUUUUUUAUACAAAUGUCUUUUGUAUCAACUUUAUUAAAAAUAUAUAAAGAAACAUACUUGUUAUAAAUAUUUGUGCAAUACUUAAAUCACAUUAUCAUUAAACAAAACUUUGGAUGAAUAUUUGUUCCAGAUUCUCGAAAUUGUUAUCCGUCACUGGUUGUAAGUGAUUCGAUGACGUAUUUCUAUCAAGGUUCAACAUCAAGAAAACAAUCGGUGCUGUUACGUAAAGAAGUAACAAUCAAAACGCUCGAAAUCAUAUCAUUAUAAUAUUGUACAUCAAAUUAAUCACAAUUCUGAAUAAAUAUCAAAUACGUAAGUAAGUAAUUAAGCAUUAUUAUUUACAAAUAAAGCCAUAAGCUAAGACUUUAUUUAAAUGCAUAUUACAAUAUAUAUAAAAAUUCAUAUAUACUGUCAUAAUAUAAGCAAAUCUCGAAUUAAUUUACGUAAUUGUUGCAUAUGAGUAACGCAGUUUUUAAUUUAUUUUAAUUUUUUAUUUGUUUUCAGCUACAAUAAGGAGGAACUUGUUGUAAAUAUGUAAGAAAAUAGUUACAUUUACUUGCUGCUAACACAUGGAACUUCGUUGAAAACAAUCUAUCAUCUUAUUGUGAGAUUGCUCGACACAGUGAAUUUUGCUUAUUAAUAUUGUUUCAUCCUUAUAAUUUACUCAAAAUGAGCAACAACGAUUUAUGGAUACGUGACAUAAUCGCGAGUUACGGAGUGAUUGUGAUGAUCAUUUUAUGCAUUGGAAUCUGGAUCAUUCGGAAAUGGCCUGGACUGCGAAAAGAUAUUUACAAGGCUCAUCUUCUGGGAUUCGAGAUAGAAUGUGCUGAACUAGCCAGCCCGUACAAAGAGCAUCUCUUUAAAGCGCUGCAAUAUAUCGUCUCCAACGACGAAAUGUUGCGAUCCAUGGGCUCCAUUCGCAUUCUUGAAAUUGGUGUUAAAACGGGUGAAAAUAUACAAUUUUAUCCGGAAGGUACCCAUCUCAUCGGCGUCGAUUGGAACGUCAAGCUAGGUGAAUAUCUGGUCAAAGGGCAUCGUUCGUGGCAAUUUUCUCAUGUGAUUAUCGAACGACUGAUAGUAGGCGAUGGAAGUUCCUUGAAGGAAGUACCAACGGGAUGUGUGGAUGUAGUAGUGACAACUAGAUCAUUAUGCUCCGUGAGAUCAAUACGAUCGACUCUUCAGGAAAUUCGCAGAGUGUUAACUCCGGGCGGGAAAUAUAUUUUCGUGGAGCACGUUCCAGAGAAGAAGGGCACUUGCAAACGGUGGUUACAGAUAGCGUUGACGCGAACCGGCAUAUGGCCCUCUUUAUUUGGCGAUUGUCGCUUAGACGCCGAUUGCGUUGCUGAGAUUGAAAACGCUGGUUUCGAGAAGGUAUCAUGGACAUUUUUAGCUCUGGAGGGAUACGUCUCCCAUUCUUUUCACUUGAGUCUCUCUAAACAGCACGUGUUUGGUAUAGCAACAAGGUGAGAAUAUAUUUUGGCAAAGGGAUAAAUAGUAAUAAAUAUUAAUUUUCAUCAAUCAUGUUUUAUAUUAAGCUUUAAUAAAUAAGCAACAUGUUUAUGUAUGUAUGUAUGUACAAACAGUUCAUUUGAUAUGUGACGAUUUGAAAAACUCGGAAAAUUCAGCAUCAAGUUUUAUUUUGUAAUAUUGAAUAGAGUAUCUUAUAUAGAAUAAGAGAAAAAUCUCACAUACCACAUAUGCAUCCAAUAUAAUUUCGUUUUUCUCAUUUAAUAUAUAAUAUAAUGACCGCAAAAUAAAUAUGAUUUUCUAGGUCAAUAUACAUAUACCUGUACAAUAUAUAUAUAUAUAUAUAUGUUUGCUAUUAAUUUUAACGAUGUUUAAAAUAAAAUAUCAUUCUUUUAUGAUUUCGAUUUACAGAAACAUCAUAUGACACUCUGUUUUUGUUUUAUAUAACUGAUUAUGUAUGAGCUGAUAAUUAUUAAUAAUUAUUGAUAUAAAAACACCUGUCUGAUUGAAUAAUAUAUGUAUUCAAUCAGACAGGUGUUUUUAUAUCAAUAAUAUAUAUAGAAAGAGAAAACAGUAUAUCUGAUAUCAUAUUAUGUGGAAGACUUAUAAAGUAUUGUAACAAUUUUGAUACAUGCGUUUAUGUGAUUAACAUUACGAAAAAAACACUUAGUAAACAGAACAGAAAAUUUGACAUGCUAUAAAAUAGUUUCUUCCUAUAUGUAAUCACAAUGUGCACAACAUUUUUCAAAGAAUCUCUUAUAGUUCACAUAAAAACUAGAAAGAUAGAAUUAUUAAAAAUAAUUUAUAGAAAGCGUUGUAUAACAAAAUUUAUCGCAAUAAAUGUAUAACAUUUUUAUUUUUAUGUUGUCCUUAUCAGAGAUGUCACAUAUAAAUUAUAUUUUAAAUAUAUCCUCAUAUCAUCGCUUUCCUCUUAUGAAUAUACAUGCACGCGUGCUUAAUCUUAAACUGUUUAAUCUUACAACUUUUUUCCUCAUUUUUCUGACAGAUAAUGUAUCAUCUGUAUAACAGCAAGAUCUCAAAUAACUACUAAUAAUUACUGCUUCGGAGUUUUUAUUUCCAUAGUAACAAAAAAUAAACAGGAAUUUAUUACCUGUAUAUUUUAAGUUAGGUUUAAAUUAUAGUUUGUAUCGGAUGAGAGUUGAUAGAGGCUGUGAUACAAUGUAACGUGUUAUGUAUAUGACUGUGUUAUUUCGAUGUAAGUUGUAAAUUGUAAAGUAAGGUAAUGCAAAUGCCGUAUCGUAAAUAAUAGUGAUGGCGGUAAUUUAGGAGGUAUGGUAGAACAAGGUGCAGAUAAGAUUAAAGGUAUCUGGAGGAAUAGGAUAGGUAAGUUAAGUGGUAUGAUUGAUUGGAAGGAUGGAUGAAUGAUUGGUUAAGGUAUUUUGAUGUAAACCAAGUCCCUUUCUUGGCGAAAACUGAAAUAAAUAUAUUAUAUAUAU